UUUGUAAUUUCACUGGUAUCGCUGAGAAGAUCGGCAAAUGGCAAUCUGUCUGUUGGGCACGUUAUAUGUUGAGGAAUGAUUAAUAUCUGCAUAGGCUACAUCACAUCAGUUCCCUCAGAGCGUUCCCUCACUAACAUAUUCUUCACCCGAACAUGCUCCAUAGAUUGGCGCAGAAGCAAGUCAAUACACAGAUAUGCACAACAUGAAAUCUUUUCAAGUUGCCCAAUUCCCUCGGCUUUGCUGUCCGACAGGUUUAAAUCACCUACUUUGAACAUUGAAUUUAAAAAAAAACUGUAGCAGGGAAUCCCUCCUGUCGCUGACGCGCUGCCUUCAGCUUGCCUUUUCCAAGGAAACCCACACGCGUGUCUCUGACGCAACUGACCAUUUUUGGAAACAUGCGUCAAUGGACGAAACCAUUGGUUAAAAAAUCUGUUAUGCCGUAUAGCCUCUUAAAACCUAUUUUUCAAUGUCGCUACCGCACGACGAAUUUACUAAUGGCAUACAAAACAUUGUCUUAAAUGCCCUGGUCAUAUCACAAGUUAAAUGACAAAAUUAGGACAAGAAGUCUUCCCACAACCCAAGACACUUCUGGUUUCAGCUACGCCUCCUCGAACGAUGACGUACCAAGUGAAGUUGGCGUUGGAAGCGGAGUUGCAGAAUAGACUGGUGUGACUGGAGUGAAUCAUAGGUUAGGCUGGCAGAGACAGCCAGUAAGGGAUAAGGAACAGGACAACAUUUGCUCCUCAUAAGAAAAAAAAACUACAUUUUGAAUCUUAUAGUAGAACAGCCUGACUUUUUGCCUCGUACCUGUGACUCAUCCACCACUUGGGCACGAACACUGGACUGCGGAAAGUAGGUGCUGCUUCGAUGGCUUUCGUUUGGUCUAUACACCUGAGAUAACAUAGUAGACUACAUGUCGACACCUUGACAUCCAACGAAACAUUUACAUGACAUAGGAUUUUACAUUUUGUGUUUUUAGUCUGGAUAUUCUAUUCUACGAAGUUAUUUAACCUUCAGUCUGUUACAUUUUGUUUUGAGUCGUGUUUGGGAGCACGUUUAAUUUUGUCCUGUAACUGCAGUUUUGCAUUUCACUGUAGCCUAGGCUAUACAACAAUUAUACGCCGACGUCGUAGGCUACAUGGAAGGUCUGUUCACUGGGAAGACGGUGUGAGUGUAGGCUAGUCUCCCGUUUGGUUUUGUAACCACCGUCUGCUUCCUCUCCCCCGGAACAUGUACCAGGACUACGGGAGCUACGACACAUCUCAGAGCAGCGCGUCUCCUCCGCCACCGACGGACUCGUUCCCAAGUUGCAACAGUAGUUUUGCCGGUCAAGUUUCUACCUCGCGCCACCAGAAAUACCGUAUCGAGAUGCCGGGUUCGAGCAGUGCCUUCAUCCCCACCAUCAACGCCAUCACUACCAGUCAGGACCUCCAGUGGAUGGUGCAGCCCACGGUCAUCACCUCCAUGUCCAGCCCGUACACGCGCUCGCACCCCUACGGCCUCCCCGCCGGCCUCUCUGGAGGACACCACCACCACACCACCACGCACGCCCUGCUGGGACACACCGCCCUCUCCAGGCCGGGAGUCAUACGCUCCAUUGGGGACGCACGCGGGCGCCGCAAGAGGGACGAACAGCUGACUCCGGAGGAGGAGGAGAAGAGGAGGGUGCGGAGGGAGCGGAACAAGCUGGCCGCCGCCAAAUGUCGCAACAGAAGGAGAGAGCUCACCGAGAUGCUUCAAGGAGAGACGGAGAAGUUGGAGGAAGAGAAGGCUGACCUCCAGAAAGAGAUCGAGGUCCUUCAGAAGGAGAAGGACAAGCUGGAGUUCAUGCUGGUGGCCCACAACCCCGUCUGCAAACUCCCCGACGACCACCACCACCACGACACACAGCAGCAGCAGUGCGCCCCGCUCUCCCUCUCCAUGCGCACCACCGCCGCCGCCAUGGCAACCCAGCAGCGUUGCCACGUCAACCACCUGAACCCCGUGGUGGUCAAACAGGAGCCCAUGGAGGACGACGAGAGCGAUGAGGACGACGAGGACGAAGACGACGAUGACGAGGAGGACGAUGAGAUGAGCAGCAAGCCUCAGCCCUCCUCCGUCAUCAAGCCCAUGGCCAUGGGAGGAAGUGGCGGCGUUGGCGUUGGCGUGUUCUGCAGCGACGCGGCGGUGGAGAGUCUGAACACCCCGGUGCUGCCGGCCUCCACGCCCAUGUCCGUGUCGGCGGUGGGCGGCGCCCCGAGUCUGAUCUUCACCUACCCCAGCAUGAUGGAGGCGGAGAGCCCCUCGCCCUCGUCCGAGUCCUGCAGCAAGGCCCACCGACGCAGCAGCAGCAGCUGUGGAGGAGACCAGUCGUCAGAUUCCCUGCACUCCCCAACCCUCCUGGCACUGUAGGAAGGCCUACUACUAGGAGACCAGUCAUCUGACUCCCUGCGUUCCCCAACCCUCCUGGCACUGUAGGAAGGCCUACUACUAGGAGACCAGUCAUCGG